UAGCUUGAACAAAAACUGGGCUGUCUUGCUCUAUCUUCUAUACCGCACCUGCUUGCACUCAUUCGCGAGCGUUAAAAUAUACUCUCUCGAUUUCAUGUUCUCGCGAAUUGCCUGCUGCUGUAAGAAUGUAUGAGUGAAUGUGCAGCGUUUUUCUCUGUGCUUCUUCUUCUCCCCCCUCGUUCUUACUCCUUUCUUCCAUCGAUCCGAUGCGCGUUUCCUUACUCGACCGCGCAAUAACAUUUGUAAGGUUCCGCCGCAAUGAGAUACUGUACGCCCAGGCUGCAUAUGACAGCCAAAAGACGUCUUUCGGUAAAACUUUUCGUCUUCCCGUCGGACUGCCGAUAGUCCGACUUUUUAACGAUAUGGUUAGACCGAUUUUGACAGAUAUGGCCAGAUGUCAUUCAAGUGGUGUAUAUUUUUUAUUGACGGUGUAAUGCAAUGUCCAAAAAUUACUGAGUGGCCUACCACAGUGCAAAAAAAUUGGCGGACUCUUUUUUCUCCCCCCUCUUUCCACCGAUCUUUUUUCCCUCACCCUCUUCCUUCUUCUUUCUCCUAGGUUGUCCCGGUUGUUCCUCUCGGGCUCAUUUUGUUUACUUCGCUUUUCGCCUUCGCACAGUUCGGCUAUUCUUUGGUUCGGUUCGGUUGUGUUUUCUUCUUCUACUCCUCUUCAUCUCAUCUCCGCUGCACACACGCUCCUUUUGUUUGUAAGGCCGGUGUUGGUUUAUUUAGAACUUUUUCUGUGUUUGUGCUUGUGUGCUGAGGCAAUUCCAAUUGUUUAGAACUCCUGCAUGGAACAAGCGUGAGGGAACCUGUUCCUGCGUGUACAGCCGGAGCCACGGUGUCCCGAUUAUCUGGUUCAGCUCACAACGCUUUAUAAACGUGAUACUUCCAACAUGGACAGCGCCAAACGACCUAAGCUACUUGUGUCGAUAAAAAAUGGAGAAUACAAAUUGCUCCCGUUAAACAAUAAUAAUUCAAUAAACAACACCACACCUACCACAAUGCUUCAUCCGCAAUUAUUGAAUGAGCUUUCAUCGUUAUCGUCAGUGUCUAUCCAUACUGGAAGUCAAAACAUGGCUCGCGAGAAUGCUUCAUCGUCAAAACAAACUGUAUCAAGCGAUAAACGCAAGCCGGUUUCUCGUACGAAUAAUGCAAUGGUAGACAAUGUACCGUCCACAUCGAUGGUAGUUCGUUCUUCUUUGGAUCACUUCUCGUUUAUGGAAACAACUGCAUCAACUUCGGGUGCUUGUCAACGAAAACCUAAACCCCUUUCAUCUACUGCUUCAAUGGCAACGCAAACGGAUUUUUCUAGUGGACAGAACGUGGGAUUAGAUGCCAUACUAGAAAAAUUAGACACCAUGCAGAGGGAGCAACAAAGACAGGCAGACAUGUAUCAUAAGAAAAUGCUGGAUAUGGAGAAGCAGCAGAAAUUAAUACGAGCACAGUUAGAUAUUUUAUCCGACAAAUUGAUUCCACGGCCAGGAUUUGUUGCGGAAUCGUCGUUUGAAUGGGAAACGGUGGGGACCAGGGAAGAACUAGAUCGACUGGAGGAAAAAUUGGGGGAACCAGAGUUCAAAAAAAAAUUUAUGGAAUUUUUAGAUACAAAGCUGCCGACCGACAGUUCAGAAGCUAGACUGCAUGAUAGCAUGGACAUUAUAUUCAAAAAGGGUUUUGUAACACAAGCCAACUGGACAGGAUUAGGGCCAGAUAAAGUUUGUUUUUCAAAUUAUGAAAGGGUUAUUCAGAUUUUUAAAUUUAUAGGAACAUGUCAUGGAGUUUCACCCACGGACCAAAGAAUCAAAACAUUUUUCCAAAAUAAGUUUAAACAUUCAAAACAAAGACUUAGCAUGGUGGGAAAAGUUAAAACUGUUCCUCAUAGACGCAAAGUUUAGUUUAAUUUAUGUUUAAUUACUUCUGUAAUCCUCAGUUAAGCUUCAAGCAGAUAGCAGAAUUAAUGGCUUUUUGUAAAAUUAAAGCUUUUACCCAGUUGCGUAUCAUGUUCCUAUUAUAGAAAUGUUAAAGAAUUCAAAGAAAUGUUAUUAUUUUUUAUGAUAUAAAAAACGAAUUAAAAUGUACGUUCAACAAAUA